AUGGUGAAGUAUGGGGGCAAUAAAUAUUUAUGGGGGAAUGUUCCGUCAUUGAACCUUCUCCGGUUGAGAGACAACGAAGGAAUCAGCACCAAGCGUGAUCUGUCACUACCUUUGGCAGCGUCUGGUGAUCCCCGAAAUCUGGUCAAAACAAUCGUCUGUCUUCCAGAGGAAUAUAAAGGACAUGUCCAUGUCGACGAGGCGAGUCUCAUCAUACUGCAUCUUUGGUACUCUGCCUUCUUGUCAGGGGACCUAAUGGAAUCAAUUCAGAGCAAGAUUGCGCCACUCGUAAAGAAAGUCGUCAAGUCAAAAACGGCAAGGGAUUAUGAUAACGUGGAGGCGUCCUGGGCAUGCAACUCUGCCACGUUGAGCGCAGAGCUUCCCGGAAAGACAUGUUCCAAUCUAGCGUCAUAUUUCCCAGGCAAGGCAAAUGUCCCGUUCGAAAAGGCAAGUGCUCAAAGGCAGUCUGUGACUCUAGCCCACUCCCGCAGGGACUAUCGAGAUAGAGCCAUGCUCCGACUUCCCCCUUCUUGGCGACUAGCUAAGUUGAGGUUUCGUAAGGAGGGAGUGUUGCUACCCUUCGGUGCCUCUUCUGAGAGGUUCAAAGUCCCAAAUCCGACAUUGUUCCAACACCAAUCUGCAUGGCCCAUGGCGGAUUCCGCUGAUCCUCUUGACGGAUGGGAAUCGACUGAGUUUAUGACGGAGGCUCACAGUGCAAAACAAGAUAUCUAUGAUCAAUUGUACUUUCACGUCAGAAACACACUUUUCAAGUUCUGUCAGAAGAUUGCAACCCUUGACCUGGAAAUCCGUCUGGUUCAAAUGGACGCUGAAGAAUUGUCUAAAGAACUUUCACACCAGAAUAAUGUGCGAACUUAUGACCGGAUUGAACUUUCCAACAUCGCAGAUCGCGCAUACCUGGGUCCUCAUAAAACAGUUGGGUUAUUUUCUACCUUCCUGAGAGACCGUCUCGAGAACCCUAGUUCUACCUUGUUAACGCUCUUUCUCAAUGUAACCCACGAGGUGACUACUCUUGCUGAUAUGGUAGCUGGCAUGGAGACUUCCAUAAGAGACAAGACGAAUGCAGAAUCCAUGAAGUUGAUGCAAGCCCAGAGUCUAUUCGUAGACAACGAUGCCCUUUUUGGCAGGUUCUUGCAAGAGACUCGGUUGGAAGAGUUUACCAAGUCCUUUUUUGGCGUGGCAAUGAAGGAAAAUAAUACCAUAGUAUCAAAGUGGCCGAUGCGUCUCGGCAAAAAUCCAGCUCAGAAAGAGUUCGACAUGGUCUUUCAAUCUGGACACCAAGGAUCAGAAAGAUACGUGGAGUGGCGCAGAACUCGUUGA